CCUGGAACAAAGCCAAGAAGGAAAGGUCAUGGAGGAUACGGAGUUGGAAAAGAUCCCAACAGAAGACAAAGAGUGGAUGGAGGACUGUCUCACACUCACAACAGGAGUUUCCUAGCAACGGGUGUGCGAAUGCAGAGGAGACAGACAAUGGAGGGGGCUGAGGAAAUAAAGGAGUCUCUUCAGAAGUCUGGAAUAAAGAGGGAUGUUGAUGUUUUACAACUCAGCCUCGCCACAAAAAAACUCACCACCAUCCCUGACUUAUCAAGAUUUCACUUUCUGAGGCAGUUGUGGCUGAAUAACAACAAGAUAAGAGAGCUCAGCUGUCGUUCCCUCAACUGCUGCUUGACUGAACUUUACCUCCAAAACAAUAACAUCAAGUCUAUAACCGGGGCCCUGAAUCAUCUGACCUGCCUUCAGCGUCUUUUUCUCCACAACAACCAGAUCAGGGGGCUGGCAGACAUGACGCACGAGCUCAGAAGGAUGCAGCAGCUGCAGACUGCAACUUUCUUUCUUAAUCCCAUCUCCCAUGAACCCAGGUAUCGCCAACAUGUGAUCCACUGCUUGCCUUCUAUCCAGGUUUUAGAUAGAAAAGAGGUGAGGUCUGUGGAGAGGAGGAGGUCCUUCCAGAUUUACAGCCAGGAGCGUCAUCGCGUCCUGCAGUCUGUGGUCUUCUGCAGACGGACAACAUAGUCCUCCAUCUGAGGGGAUGUUAGUCAGUGCCAAGUUCUGUUUGCUGAGUGUUCAUAAAUCUGUAUUCUGCUCAAAAUGCUACUUUAUAGUAAUCAGUCAAAGCACAUUAUAGUGCUCAGUGUCCUGCUAACUAACGGUUAUCUACAUAAAAGGGGAACAUGGAAAUGUUACCCAUUAAAGUCAGUUUACAGGUCUUGGGGAAAUUCUAUGUGAAAAAAAGUCUCAAAAGCACUUUGUGGCUCAAGAGGGAGCUGCACGAAAUAUGUAUUACAAAAUUAAAGGUAGGUCUAAUGCAAAGUAAAAAGUGAAGUAUUGAUUUAGUUGCAUUGUGGGUUACGUAGGUGCCCAGAUUUUGACUAGGAAGAACCAUUCGAAUAAUUAUACAUUUGACUGGUUUUACUACAAAUGUUUUAAUAGAUUUUUUUUUCUCCCAACUGUCCAUUGUGACUCCCACACUGUUAUCUGAGUGCAAUGCUCAAUGGGUUGAGAAAUCAUUUAAAGUCAUCCGGGUUAUCGCCCUCUGUUACCUUUUUGAACUUGCUUUAAUAAUACAAUCUGGUUAGUGUUAUGGUUUAAAAAAAAACACGGGAAUUUGAUUGUUGUAUUUGUACCACUCAACAUGGACAUGAUGGUUGGUUGGUCUUUAUUUAACAAGACCCAGAUCAAGUUGUUUGACAUGUUGGAAAUCAUCCGAGUUCAAGACAAAGAAAGCCCUGUUGGAUCUGGUGUUUGAUUUAAUCAAGUCUGUCGAUUUGGGCUGCACAAUAAAUGAAAUUUAUCACAA